AUGGAUCACAGUGACCAUGUUGACCUGUCUGAGCAGUUGAUCCAGUCUGUUCACAAAGUCCUCCAGCUCGAUCCUGACAGCAUCAAUGAUCCUCUGGAUGAGCUGUCCAAUGAGUUUAACCCAGUUGAUGUGCUCAAUCAGCUCUUCCCUGAUGAGGCCUCCCUUACCCAGCUGGAAGCGGUUCAGGGAAGACUUGCCGAAGAUGAACGUCUCCUCCAACAAGAGAUCGAUACGCUCGAGGAGGAACUUAGACGUGACCAAGACCCCAACAGGAUACAGCUUAUUCAAGAGAUGAUCUCCGACAUACUAGGUCAGAUGUCUCGUAUACGCGAAAAAGCUUCUGAGUCAGAAGCCGUCGUGCGGAACAUCACAAAGGAUAUUCAGAACCUUGACUUGGCCAAGAGGAAUCUUACGACAAGCAUGACGACCCUCAAGAGGCUGCAAAUGUUGGCAAAUGCCCUUACUCAGUUAGAGGACCAAGUGAGAGAGAAGCGGUAUAGCGAGGUCGCCCAAACACUAGCGGCUGUAAAAGAAAUAUCUGCCGCCUUCAAGUCCUAUACUUCAGUGCCCUAUAUCGCGCGAUUGUGGAAGCGAAUCCAACAAGUCACAGGGCAAGUUCGUAGCCAGGUGGACAGCGAAUUCGAGGUGUUCUACUUGCAGGAUCCUGCUAAACAGACAAGAGCCUCUCAAAUCACGGAUGCUUGUGCAGUCGUUGACGUUCUCGGACUUGACGUUCGGACUCAGUUAAUCGAACGCUACGUGGCAAUAGAGCUCAAAGAGUAUCGCCGUAUCUUCCGUGCAAAUGACGAGGCAGGCCACCUCGAUAACAUUUCUCGCAGAUUCGCUUGGUUUAGGAGGCUGCUGACUUCGCAUGAAACUGAAACGGGGAGGGUAUUUCCAGUCGAGUGGCAGGUUGGCUGGUGGCUCUUCACCAAGUUCGUAGCAAUUACGCGAGAUGACCUCUCUACGUUGCUAUCCAAAGCCGGUCCGUUGCUGACACUUAGGCUAUUGUUGGAAACGCUUCAGCAGACAACUGAGUUUGAAUCUGCGAUGUCGAAGAAGUGGGCUGCACCUGUUGGUGAAAUAUUGAGCACGGCUUCGUCACCCGCAGCUCCAGUACAACCAUUGUCAUCCGCUUUCGAACCCCAUCUGGGUAUAGUCGUAGAAGCUCAGGACAAGCAAGUGGAAUUAUUCGUGCGCCACAUGCUUGCACCUCACCGAAAUCCAAAGAGUCGUGGCUCUCUCGACACUGUCACUAGGCCGUCAACAGCUAGCUCGACGCCACGUGUUUCCCUUUCUGCCGACGAUCGUGAAGAACCGACACAUAUUGUGAUGCCCUCAUCUACAGAACUCUUUUAUUUCUAUGCACAAAGUCUAGAACAGUGUGCAAAACUAUCGACUGGUCAGGCUUUGUUCGAUUUGUAUGGAAUUCAAAAGAAAUGGCUCAAGAUAUAUGCUGAGGAUAUCCUCUUACCAGCACUCAGAAGGUCAAACAUGCCCACGCGGAAAUCGUUAGAUACCCACUUUGAUGCAGCGGAGCUCCGACGAACAUGUUUGGUCGUCAAUACAGCGGACUAUUGUCAGAGAACGGCAUUAGAGCUCGAGGAUAAGAUAAAGGAGAAACUUGCCGAAAGAUUCAAGGAGAGGGUUACGUUACAGACUGAACGCGAUCUUUUCAUGAGCGUUAUAUCCGGGGCAAUUAAUUGCCAGUUGCGUGAACUUGAAACGGCUUGUGAGGGCGCUUUUGCUACCUUGUCGCGAGUCAAUUGGAGUAUGACAAGUCAGGUCUCUGGACACUCGGCUUACGUCGACGACCUUGUCAAAGUCAUUGAACUAGUGGUCGAUCAGAUUAAACACCUUGUUGAACAGAAAAAGUUUGUGCGGAACUUCCUUGAUAAAGCAUGCAGCCUCAUCCUGACGCGUUUCACUAACGCACUGGUCAAGAGUCGGCCGCUCAGAGAGAUUGGCGCAGAGCAGCUUCUGAUUGACCUCGGUGUCGUGAAGUCUUGCCUACUGAAAUUGCCGAGUGAAGCUCUAUCUACUUCCGGCUACACAAGGAGCUUGACCAAAAUUACCACUAGACUUGAGGCACUGCUAAAAGUCAUUGUCACACCCGUAGAUCCCCCAGAAGGCUUUAUUCUCAAUUACACGUUACUUAUUGGCGAUGCAUCAUUCUCAAACUUCCAAAAGAUUCUUGACCUGAAAGGCACGCCGAAGUUGGAGCAGAACAGCCUUCUUGACACUUUUGUCACGAUUGCAAGCACCAAGACAGAACUGAACGGCACAUCAUUCUUGAGCUCGCUUGACAUGGACCCGCCGCCCACCGUCACAUUCGGCAGUCCAGCUGCGAGCCGUGUUGCGCUCCCACUUGUCAUGACACCGUCUGGUGGAUCGGAUGGGGGCCUCGGGGUGCUUAAUUCUUCACCUUCGAGUGGGCCGCCGACCGGGUUGAGCACCGAGGGUACUGCAGGGAGGGGAAGCGAACCCAGCCAGAAGCGUGAGGUGUUUUCGGAUAUCAGGCGGUUCGUGAGCUUUGGACUGCGUAGAGACACGCAGCCAACAUAG